AUGGGACGCUACAGCGGAAAAACUUGUCGCCUGAUUUUUAUGCUCGUUAUCGACGUGAUCUUAUUCGUGGCAGAGAUUGUGGCGGGAUACGUGGGCAACUCCAUCGCGCUGGUAUCGGACUCAUUUAACGUUCUGUCGGAAAUUCUGUCACUGUGCGUCGGGCUGACGGCGGCGCGGGUGUCGCGUCGCGCAGGCUCUGGCCGCUGCACGUACGGGCUCGGGCGGGCAGAGGCAGUCGGCGCGUUGGCAAACGUCAUUUUCUUGGCUGCGCUCUGCUUUUAUAUCUCAAUGGAGGCGCUGGAGAGGCUCGCGCGCCCUGAGUCCAUCGAUGACCCGUUGCUGGUGCUGAUCGUGGGGUCGUUGGGUCUAGGGGUGAAUCUGAUGGGUCUGGUGAUCUUCCAGGACUGCCGCUGGCUGUGCGCAGGGCGAGAGAAAGACUCGCCAGAGGAGAAAAUCCCGGAGGCAAACGAAGAAGGCAGCCUUGCCCAACAAACUGCAUCUAAUGAGGAGGAGAACUCUGGGAAUGACGGACAUCCUCUUAACAUAAGAGGUGUCCUGCUUCACGUGUUAAACGAUGCCCUGGGGUCAGUCGUGGUGGUUGUCUCUUCAGCUUUGUUCUAUGUGUUGCCCCUGGGCCCAGAUACCCCGUGUAACUGGCAGUGUUAUGUGGAUCCAGGUCUAACGCUCAUUAUAAGGGCCCUCAUUAUAUCAUCAGCCGCUCCACUGGUUAAAGAAACUACAGGAAUACUGCUUCAGAUGUGCCCAGCCGACCUACCUCUGACCGCUGUCUUGCAGAACGUUUGCAAACUCACUAGAGUUGUGAGUAUUCAUGAUGUCCAUGUGUGGGAGUUAACCAAAGGACGUAAUGUGGCUACCCUGCAUGUCAAAGUCUCUACUGACCACCACGAUCCGUCCUGGAGAACAAACAUAAUAUUGAGACUUCAUACAGAGAUUCUCGAAAUCUUCCAUCGUGCUGGAGUUCACAGUGUGACUAUUCAGUUUGAGCCCAUUGAAGUAGAGCAGGACAGAGGGCAUUGCAGUGCCCCCUGUCUGUCCCCAGCCUGCACGAAACUUUCCUGCUGUCCUGCCGCAGCUUCCUCUGUGUCUGUUUUUUAUGGAAGACUGUUCGUACCCUCUGAGAAUGUAGCUGUUGACAUUGUAGAUGGUAACAAUGCUCUGUUGAAAGAGAAAGAGAGCAAACAUAUUCCAGUCACCUGCUUUGAGAGCACUAAAUUUUAG